UUUUGGCAUUUUGCUUAUGGUGAUAUGUCAAAUUCCAAACUAAAACUUGUCUGGGACAAUUCAUGUUGGUUCUUAUAUCUUUUUUCUUUAUAAUAUUUACGGUAUUCCUUGUAGUAAAUGUAGUUCUUGUGUGAAAUUUAUAUGUGAUUUAUGUAAAGUGCCAAAUUGAUGUCUCGUUACUAUUGGUAUUAUGAAUCAGGUUGAUCAAAAUAUAAACAAAGAUAUGUUUGAUUCUGAUCUGAUCGACGUGGAAUCUUUGGAUUAUUCCUAUUAUCAGACGUGGUUAUGCACAGUCCCUGAUGACUCGGGCCAGAAUGUUGAUAUUGUGGAUUGGAACUUAUCAUGUGAUUGGCCAAUCAACGAGGACAAUGAUUACCAGAAAAUGGAGAAAGACCUCUAUUCAGUACUUGACAACAUACUCAAAAAUGAAAUCCUCUCAAUGCCAGAUAAACACAAGUUCGACUCUCGAACAUACGUGAAGCCCAAGAAACGGAUGCAGAGGCCGAGUAUACAAAACAUAGUCGAAGUACCCUCAAAUCCUCCUUCACUCACCCACAACCUGUUGCUCAACAACCUCAACCAAUCGGGCAACCAGUCGGCCAACAAGUAUCUGACGUACAACAAAUAUAAUAACCCGUUAGGUCAGAUAAGCCCGAUGUUGAGAUUGAAAACGUUCAAUGUGGAUACGAAUUCUGAAAACAGUACGUUGAUAAAGGAGUAUGCGAUGAAGAGAAGGAGUUUGGUGCAGGAUGACGAUCCACAGCUGGAAGACUUAGAUAUAACCCUUGGUCCGGAUCUGUCCAGUCGAUCUUCGUUGGACCAGACACCGUCGAAGCCGAUCAAUAUAGACCUAUCGCAGCCCGCUCACAACCUUCACAACACGUUCAACAAGUGGAUGUUCCAUAUGUACCUCAGUGUGGCCCAAUACCAAAGGAGGUGGUACGGUGUGACCUCGCCUCAGAACCAGGCUCUGCACUGCUUUAGAGGUCUUUCGAACAUCUUGAACGAGCGUCCGAGUCUCAAUAUGUAUCAGAGCGGGGAGUCACUGAUGCGUAUGUCUCCGCCAAGUCUCGUGUCGUCACUCCUCAUGGAAAGUUCUGGAACCUUCAACGCUGAGUCUAUUGACAGUCGGAAAUCAUUAACCUCACAUAAGGAUUCGGGUCUACCAACGUCAGGACGGGAUAGCAUUGACCCGAUGAUGACCAGCAUGACUCUAAGUAUUCUUGAGGAGAAGGAUAUGAGCACGAGCUUCCUGUCUCAGACGACGUACCCAGACAACGAGAGCAUCGUCGACUCCUUACCUUCCAGUCUCGUCAGCUCCGUCAACUCCGGAUACGUCCUCACCAACUCUUCCAAACCAAAAGACAGCACAGAUUCCAACAUAUUCAGUUCAGCAACCUUCACACAUCUAGAACAAUCCGAAAAGCUCCUCUCCGCACGACCUCGCUGCCAACUCUACAACAGCUUCACAAAACGUGACUCAGCCAUACGAAACUCGGAAAGUUACACAAAAUCCCGCGAAGAAGCGUGCCAAAUCGACCCCGUCAAAAUUCUAAACGAAAAUUCUGAUAAGAAAGACUCGCCCAAGACUGUGCCUAAGCCGAGCCCAGAAAUGGCUGAAACGAUAACCUUACACUACUCAAAUAACAGGUUUAUGAGGGAUAACGACGCUGAAAAAGAAAACUUUGAGACUGACGACGCGUUCUACAAAGAUAUGGGGCUGCAGAAAGCGGAGGACUUGGCGGCGCGGAACAGUUUGAACGUUACUCUGGGCAAGCAGGAGUUGAAUGAGAUAAUACAGGCUCGGCAGAAGUUGUCUUUAGCUAGGAAAGCGUUGCCCACCGAGCCGGAGAAGCCGUUGCCGAACCAGGCGGAGACUUCGCCGAUCAAAACGAUACACUUGCCGAACCAAACGAUAACGGUGCCGCGACAGAGUAUGGAGAACGCCUCAGAGCUGCUCUCAAGAAGAAGAGUCAUGAACACGAACGGCUUCGACAGACAAGAAGAACCGACGCGAGACACGCCCAAACGGUCUGCCACGUUCAAGAAAGUGUCGCCAAAGACCAGUGCUAUGGACGCGACGGUUGUGUACCUGAAGUCUGAUGAAAACCAAAUCAUUGACAUUAAUUCUGCUACGCUAAACCUUAUAGAUGUUGGUGAGAGAACACAGCAAGAUGUACGGGAGUGGGGUUCACAAGAGCGAGCGAUGGUGGGUUCGAGUGAGAGUACAGACACGGGGACCUUCAGCUCGUCCAGUCCGCCCGACAGCGUGCCCGAGACUGCGCCUGCACAUGAACCACGCCCACAGGUCGCCUCAACACCGCUAAUGUCGCUACGGAAGGGAUCGAAAAACGAACUGCUAAACUUGCACAACACCAUAUCCCCUAUAUACGAUAUGAUUGACGACAAAUCCUACACAUUAACUAAAGUACCGAGCGCGAACUCGUCCGGCAUGGAACGCACUUACGAUAUGCACAGCACGACGAUCAUAAACAGCGCGACUUUGGUUAAGAAGUCGUCGGUUAAAAGGGAUAUUAUGGCGGGGAAAGCGAGUCCUGAGAGGAAAAUGGUGGCUCCCAGUGUUGUUCCGAAGUCGCCGCUAAGCAGGGUCUCGCCUACCAGUGCUGUAUCAUACGGUUCUAUGGUCCCACCGACAGCGGUACCCAGGAAGUCGGGCUUGCCAUCAUCAAAACUUAGGCAAUACAGUUCUCAUAGAGAGUUGAGCAGGAUACCAGGCAGCGCGGCCCCGGCGGCGGGCGCGCGCGCGGCGGCGGGGCGCAGCAUGGUGCGGCGCGGCGUGUACGCGUCCAACCCCGCGCUCAGCCCCACCGCGCCGCACCCGCCGCCCGUCGUCACCGACUCCUACACCAUACAGACCCAUCAGAGACAAGACGACAAACAAGCUUCCAAGGCCGACCUCCCGCCGACGCCAGCGCUCGUGCGGCAGGGAACGGAAACUCUCCGCCGAGAGCGCCCUCAGAGCCAACUUGUUGCACCUAGAGACCUCCGCGCGGGCGCCGGCAGCGGCGUGCCCGUCUCCAUGCGCAACCAUCACUUACCUCCGCCGCCGAGCCGGCCCUACUCGCUGGCGAGCGCCGCGCCGCAGCGGGUGGCGCGCCCCGCCUCCGGGCCCGCGCCUAAACAGGCACCUUCGGUCCCCGUGCUAGAGCAGCCGCGGCCGGCGUCCGGCAGCGAGGCGCGCGCCUCGGCGCUGCCGCGGCCCUCGCGCCUGCCCGCGCCGCGCCGGGCGCUCAGGCCGCCGUCCGUGUACUCGGUGGCCCCGACUGCAGACGUGGACCAUUACUGACACUUGGCUUGCUGCGCCGACAUCCUCGCGAGGCGCCUCUAGCAAACACUCAACACCUAAUAACUCGACUGAUUAACUACGGUGUCUUCAAAACUUUUCUACUACAACAAAUAAUCCAAUUUUGGCUUUUACUAAACAUAAUUUUUAACAUUUUUUUGGUAAUGUUUUACCGUCAGUAUUAAACGCUGAUAACCUAAUAUAUAGUAUUGACCAAUUCGACGUAUGAGACGGUUUGGCACGGUUAAUGCGGAGACAAUAAAUUUAUAAAUUUCGUUGACAUUGAUAUUUGAGAUUAAUGUAAAUUAUUAACUAUUUAAAUUUCACUUGUUAUCAUAUUACCAUAUCGUUUUCUGAAUGUUGUGUUGCUAAUAGGAUGUGUUGGUUGAUUCAUUUAAUUCAUCAAAACAUUGUAUUAAAUUUCCGGCAUUCAAAAUUUUUCAUGUAAAAAUUUUGUUAAUGUCUUCCAAUGGGGGUGGGAAAUAAUCUUUUCAGGAGAUGAAAAGUAUACAGAUUUCAGCCUCUGACUGUUGUAUACUGUUAUGUAUCGCAUCUCAUCACUCAAUGCUCUCUCGCGCCAUCUCACUGUCAAUGAAGCUCAAAAUUGUAUAAAUUCUAUCUAAAUCAUGAUUUGGUACAAAGACAUACAAAUUAAGAUAUUAUUCCUAUAUUAUUAUUUACAAAUUAAGUGAGUAGUGUAUCAAAUGUUGGUUUAGUAAUUUAUUUCAUAGUAAGAAUUUUGCAUUUUGUUUCAAUUUAGAGAUUGUAAUCUUAUAGGGACAUGUAAUUUAAUCACAUUUUAGAAUUAAAUUUAUAUACAAUUAUUCGUAAUGCUCCUUUGUAUACUAACUUUAUCGUAGCAUAGUAAAUGUAUACAUGGCACACCUGACACAUAUUUUUAAUAAAAUAUUAAACAUAAACAUUAAAAAGUUAUCCAAAUUUUUGCGCAUAUAUUAUAUCUCACACAUUGUACCGCACAAAUUUCAUGUAAGUAUAUUAUAAUUAUUCUGUUGUAAAUUGUGUAAAUUUCAGUGUUACUAUACUUGUAAAGCUUCGUUUUAUCAAUACUCUGCUUCCUACCGUUUGUAUAGCAAUCGAAUUAAUAUUUAAAUAUAAACAUAUCGGGAAUAAGAGACUUGUGUAUAACCUACGUUGAUUCCAUUCAUGUUAAAAAUGCUUUAUAUGUAUUUUGUUAAAUGUUUAAUGUGUAUACAUCGAUGUUUUCCGGCCAAAUUACAGUAUUGUGAGGUUUUUGUGUAAUCCGCAAUAAAUUAAUAAAUAAUUGUUGCUUGGUGGCAUUAUAAUUGUAUAUUUUGUAAACAACAUAUAUAUGUACAGGGUUGUUUGAGUUAUGUGAAAGUCUACGUGCAUUGUGUGCUAAAUCUCUGUUCCCGCGUCUGUGGCCGCGCGAGCUGCGCCCGCCACACGACCGAUAGAACACGUCGUGCCUUAUUUAGGUAGUGUAAGGGAGUUUGUUUUCAUUUUUUAAUAAAACUAUGUAUUUAAUGAA